GGGUCUCGUCGACAUCAACAUCGAGCUUGAACUCUACGUCGAAACCGAACCGAACCGCCGCACGAAAUCCGAAAAUCAAGCUCCAUGUCAAACGCGGUCGUGGAAACGAAGCCCUCAAACUCAGAUCGCGACGGCAGCUUUAGCUUCAGCUCCAGCUUCAGUAGCAGCAGCUGCCGCCAUGGCGCCCAACGCGAAGCCGCCCGGGUCGCCUAGACGCCGGCUCACGCUUAAGGGCGUUGAGAGAAAAAAGCCGGGUCCCACGCCCAAACCGCUGUCUGAAAAACUCGCAGCCAAGGCGCUGAAGCCCAUCAGGCGCCUCGAACGGUCGUACACGCGAGAGCGCAAGAUCGCCGUGCUCCUGUAUCUCCUCAACCACCGCAUCCCCGACGCGCUCCCCCUCAAGGUGCCCCGACGGCGCAUCGGCCAGCCGCGCGACGACCCCACCCAGCCCGUCAUCAUAGACGAAAACGGCGAGCCUAUCUGGUACCGCGCUCCCACAUACACCGAGGCUUCCAAGUGGUGGAAGAUACCUAUUCCCACCAUCCAGGGCUGGUGGGACGCCCGCGACAAGCUGCUCGAGGGCACCGGCGUCGAGCUGCCCAAAGUCGAGCACAGCGGCAUCAUACCCACCUUGCCCGGCCAGCCCACGCCGGCACAGACGGCCGUCUCCCAGGAUGAGACUCCUGCGGGUCCAGGGGAGCCCGCUGGGCCCGAGUCGCAGGCUGCCAGCGAGACCGGAACUCCAACGGGAACCGGCCCCCAGAAUACAGCCGCCGCGCCACCCGGCUCCGCACAGGGAACGCCGAAUCCCGAUGCCGGUGCCGCAAACCCACCCGUUCCUGCCGAGAAAACGAUGACGCCGCCGCCGUACGAUCAGAACAAAUACCCCCAACUACCUGCGUUAACCCCCGGUCAGCGUGUGCAUACUCUUGAAAGUUUCCUGCCCACCUAUGUGCCUCGGGCGGCUCCUGCCCCAGUCGACAACUGGGCAGUGUAUCCAAACCCUCCCCCUGGAGGCUAUCCUCCGCCUCACAGAUACCCCCCACCAGGCUACCCUCCACACGGCUAUCCUCCACCUCAAGGCUACCCACCCCAAGGCUACCCACCCCAAGGCUAUCCCCCUCAAGGCUAUCCCCCUCAUGGCUACCCCCCUCCCCAAAUCUACCAUCACGGCUAUCCUUCUGCCAACGGCCAGCCUGCCCCGCAAGGGCAGCCUCCGCCGAAAGGUCACCCUCCACCACCGCAAGGACAGCCCCCACCGCGAGGGCGGCCUUCGGGCCAGGGGCAACAUCCGCCGCAAGGACAGCCUCCAUCCCAAGGACAGCCUCAGGAACAAUCUUCUGCCCAGGCGCAACCUCAGCCGCAAGGACAGCCUACAACCCAGAAGCAACCUCAAACCCAGGGACAACCGUCAGACAAGGGGCAACCGUCUACCAAAAAAGAGCCUCUAUACCAAGGACAGCCUUCACCAGAAGAACAGGCUCCAGCCCAAGGACAAAUUCAAAAACAAGCACAGUCUCCGUCCCAAGAACAGCCUCAAGAACAGCCUUCUGCUCAGGGACAACCUUCCACCCAAGAACAGCCUUCGCUCCAAGGAGAACCCUCGGCCCAGGGGCAAUCUCAGUCCCAAGAACAGCCUCCAGCCCAGGAACAGCCUCCAGCUCAGGGACAGCCUCUAGCCAAGGGACAGCCUCUCCUAUCCAGAGGACAACAACCUCUUUUACCAAAAGGACCGCCUCCCCCCCAAGGACGAGUACCCCAAGGACCGCCACCACCUCAUGGUUAUCCUCAACCUCACUAUAUAGGCUACCCUCCACCCUAUUAUCCGAGCCAUCCUCCGCCCCAACAUCCGGGCCAUCCUCCACAACAACCUGGCCAACCUGUUGCAUACUAUCCCGGCCAGCCCGUACCCUAUUACCCAGGUCAACCGGUGGCUUAUUAUCCAGGUCCCCCGCCACCGGGUCACUAUCCAGGCCUCCCUCCCCCGGGUCACUACCCGGGCCACCCUCCUCCCCACUAUGCCGGACAUCCUCCUCUUCAUUAUCCAGGGUAUGCGCCUCAUUACUACCCAGGACAGCUACCGCCUCACUAUGUGGGCCAACCGCCUCCGCCUCCGCCACAGCCGCAGCCCCAGUAUCAUCACCAUCAUCAACAAAAACAGCCCCCUGUGCCAAUUCCUCGCACAACCCCUUCCUCAGCUAUUGAUGCUGCCGCAGCCGCCGUCGCCGCCGUUGUUGCUAGGACGCCAAGGACCGCUGCCGUAACCACUACACGCAGAGCUCCCACCGCAGGUGCCACUACGCCUAGGGCCCCCACCGCAAGUGCCACAUCCAGAGCUCCCGCUUCAAGCACCUUAGGCGCCCCGUCCAAAGCUGUCGAUGUCGGCCAGGGACCACCGCCAACAGCCGCUCAGCCCGACUCGGACAUGCUUAAAACACCCCGGACAGUACCGGCACAGGACACCCCAGCUGACACCCCAGCUGACUCGAGCAUGCUCGAGGCCGACCAGACAUCGCCAGCACAAGACAGCGUGGCUGACUUGGAAAUGCUCGAAGCGGACGAAACACCGCAAGCACAGGAUACUCUGGUAGACCCGAAAAUAUUUGAUGCAGACCAGACGCCACGAGCACUGGGAAGCCCGUCUGGCUCCGAGCUGCUGGACGAAACCAACCAAACGCCACAAACACCUGACAGCCCGAUUGAGUCAAAUGCCACAUCAGAGUUGGUGCCGGGCUCGACUGCAAGCUCGUCUCGCCUGUCAUCCGCUGAACCAGACACAGAAAUCGACAUGCUCAUGGAUGACAUUGAGUAGGACACGCGAUGAAAACUUGCUUGGCUGGUUGUAUAUUAAAGUUGCCCCGUGUGGCGUAACCAGCGGCCAUGAUUUAGAGGCCGGUGUCUAUAUGCUGAAGAGACAUGACAGUGAUACGAGGAUGCUUGGUAGUUAAUUUAUAGAUGGUCACCUGAGGAGUAUUUACCACUGGAAUAGAACGUAGUGAUCUGUAGAGGAUAUGUGGGGGAAUAGGUGGUUGUAUCGGAGGGGUGGGGGCUUGAGGAUUUGUUGCUUUGCCUCUAGCUAAACAUUGCCGCGGCACUCUCACG